CAAAAGAGUAACUGUCAAAUGCAAGGUUCCUUUAAUAGGAGCGAUCAGUCCGGCUCCGAGAGUCAUGGCGACUACAGCAUCCAAUCAUUACAAUAUCCUCACCUCCAGCUCAUCUAUUGUACACUCGGAGCCUGGGAGCAUGCAGCAAGCUACGGCUUACAGGGACGCGCAAACCCUGUUGCAGAGUGACUACUCACUGCAGAGCAACAGUCACCCGCUCAGCCACGCGCACCAGUGGAUAACAGCCUUGUCACACGGAGAAGGAGGACCGUGGUCGUCCAGUCCCCUCGGCGAGCAGGACAUCAAGCCAGCGGUGCAGAGCCCCCGGGACGACAUGCACAAUUCCAGCAAUUUACAGCAUCAGUCGCGGCCACCCCACCUGGUACAUCAGACGCACGGGAACCAUCACGAUUCAAGGGCAUGGAGAACAACGACGGCAGCUCACAUCCCCAGUAUGGCCACUUCAAACGGACAGAGCCUUAUUUACUCGCAGCCCGGCUUCAGCGUGAACGGUCUCCUCCCGGGUAGCGGCCAAAGCAUCCACCACCACAGCAUGCGCGACGCGCACGAGGACCACCACAGCCCGCAUCUCAGCGACCACGGCCAUCCACCGUCUCAGCACCAGCACCAGCCGCACCAGUCUCACCACGACCACUCGGACGAGGACACGCCGACCUCGGACGACUUGGAGCAGUUCGCGAAACAGUUCAAGCAGAGGAGAAUCAAGCUGGGCUUCACGCAGGCGGACGUCGGACUCGCUUUGGGAACGCUGUAUGGAAAUGUGUUUUCGCAGACCACGAUAUGCAGGUUUGAGGCCCUGCAACUCAGCUUCAAAAACAUGUGCAAGCUCAAGCCUUUGUUGAACAAGUGGUUGGAGGAGGCAGACUCCACAUCUGGCAGCCCCACGAGCUUGGACAAGAUAGCUGCGCAGGGGAGGAAACGGAAAAAGAGGACUUCCAUCGAGGUAAGCGUCAAAGGGGCUUUGGAGAGCCAUUUCCUUAAGUGCCCAAAGCCAGCCGCGUCGGAAAUUACUUCACUGGCGGACAGUCUGCAGUUGGAAAAAGAGGUAGUGAGGGUUUGGUUUUGUAACAGGAGACAGAAAGAGAAACGGAUGACUCCUCCCGGCGGACCUCUACCGGGUACCGAGGACGUAUACGGAGACACGCCGCCGCAUCACGGGGUUCAGACGCCAGUUCAGUGAGAGAGAGAGAAAACACAAAAACAAUUCAAAUUCAAGGACAUAUCUAUCAUAUUGACUGCCUCAGUCUUCAUUUAUGAUUAUGUUCAAAUUGGAACUAUCCAAAGUGAAAGCAGCUGCGGUUUAGAAUACUGAGGCGGGAGAGCAGAUUAUAUCCGUCUUCAAUGUUACUCAAAAUUCGUACCGCUGCAACAGAGGGGACCGUGCGUUCCCCGCGCGAGCAAAGAGAACGGUUGUUCUGUGAAUACCCAGCACUGUGAAUAGACGCAGUUUUAAGGUGUAACCCUACUAUUUAUCAAACACUUUGAGACGAGCGAAAUGUCUCUCAAAUGCGAGCAUGGGUGUCCCAUAGACAGUUGUUUACAUCUAGACACACUGCAUUUUCUUUGACAGGAUUAGCUCGAAAAGUGACUAGUGCUGCAGCAUUUGACAAACAUUUUUUUUACGCCAUUUUUACUCUUGUUGUGUGCGACUGAGGGUCGAUUAAAAAAAAAAAAACAUCAGUGUGACAUGCAUCCACCCAGUCCUCAACAAUUUUCUUGGGAUCAAAGACCUCUAAACAUCAUCAUUAAUAUUAUCUUUAUUAACAUUAUUUUGGAUACAGCCAAUGUACCAGUUCGCUUACUCAGAGAGUGAGGUGCAAGGUCACACUAAACAGAUGUUGUAGCCUAGUCUUGGCGCCAAGAAAUUAGUCUCACACAAUUGAUUCUGGUUGUAUCCGUCUCCAUUUUAUCAAUACGAUGGGUCUAAAUUGGACAAAUAAAAUGAUACAGCAUCAAACUUCUAGCAUCAAGCUGCAGACUGGUCACCGAAGGGCUAGAAUUAGAAACCUGGCAUUUCCUUCGAUUUAGUCAUAUUACCAUAAAAUACAAUUGUUUCACAGGACUCCACACAGUGCUGUAAAUAUUGUAUAAUUUUUUAAAGGACAUAGUUACGUUAUUCUCUCACUUGAGCACUUUUUCGUGUUAUUUUGAAUUUGGAAAAGAUUUUAGAGGCUUUUGUUUAUUUUAUUUUGGUCUCAUUUGUUUGAACUUUAUAGCUGGUAGCUAUAUUUUGCCUUUAUAUUUAUAGUCAUUUAGCCGAAUUUUGCUUGCUAUCUCUUGCGCGAGUCAGUUGCUUUUUAACCCACAUUCAGCUGCUUUUUUAUAAAUUAUGAGCUGACUUUACUAUAUGUUUAUGUAUAGUAAACAAUGUUCAGUCUUCAACGAUGUUAGCACUAUUUUCUACCCAACGAAUUCAAUACUAUUAUAUAUCUGAAUCAUUUGAAUGUCUUUUUUAAUUAUUUUGAAAUAGAGAUUAUUUACACAGUAUCGUGGAGAAUGGGAAAAUCAAGUGAUGUGACCUGCAAUAUUUUCAUUUGAAGUCAAACGAGUCUUCAUUGUUCCAUAUGACAAAGCGUUUUUGUGUGUUUUAUAUUUCCAUAAUUUAUCAAGCAUCAAUUUGAAACAUAGCAGCACUAUUAUUAUUAUUAUUAUUAGGCUAUUAUUAUUAAGAAAUAUUCUCCACGUUUACCCAACAUCAGAGCUAUAGUCUACAUAUAGUAAAAACUGUAAUUGUUUGUUUUUUUGUUUAAUUUUGUUUUUCUUUUUGUUUUUCUUUUUUCUUCUGCUUUAUAGUUAUUCGUUGUGUUAGUCCCGCGUUCGCUUUUAUUGGGACACGAUGCAGUGAUGAUUUACUGAAAAUGUAAACACUGGAAGAUUUGAAAAAUGGUUACAUUUUUCCAAGAGGCUUGCUUUACGUCACUAUGUGUAAAUACAAUACAACAAUCAGAAAUUAUUAUUAUUAUUAUUUAUUUUCUUAUUGUAUUAUUUUGCUUAUAUUUUAAUUCACAUUUUGUGUAGCCUAAAUCUAUUCCACAGAAAUUCCAGGGUCAUAUUACUACCGUGCUUUUUCUUUUUUUUUUUCCAAAAGAAACAUUUAGGCUACAUAGAUUAAUUGAUCAAACUGUCAUGUAAUUCUACAAAGAUUGUGGAAGCUAUUUAUUUGUCGUUUUAUUUCCUCUGUCAGAAAGACUCCAUCAAUCCUUGAACUGCAUACAUUUGUGGGUAAAAUAAAAUGCGCAGAGGUUGUGAUAGAAAUUUGUUUUAUUUGUAGGCUAAAUUAUGUUUUUCUAAGUCGCAGAAUCAAAACUGACAUUGUAUGUUGUCGGGUGUAAAAAUUAUGCGGGGGGUGUAAAAAUGUAGUAGGCUAUUUAUUGACGUCUCGGUUGUUUUUUAACGAAAUUUAAAAAUGUAAAAACAGAAGUAACACAACAGUCUUGCGUUUUCAAAUGUUGAAAUGUCAGCUCAUCUCAAGUGAAAUUGAAACCGUGAAAUGUGUAAACCACAACAAAUACAAACCGAGAAGUUUUGUUUGUUUUCCCUGAAAUGGGAUAAAUAGGCCGAUAGCAACAUUCUGAGAUAAUGAGGACUGACACUGCAAAGGCCUGUAUUCUUGUGUUUAAUAAAACACGAUGAAUUUUGUGGUAAAGGCAGUAGGCCUAUGGAAAAUGUUCGACCAUUGUUUAGAAAAACUGAACCCUUCAAUUAGGUAUAUUUUGGAACUAGAACAGUUAUGAAUGAAGUAGCCUAUUUUGAAAGUGUCAUUAAUUUUGUGGCAUCAAAACGUGGGCCUCGAUAUCCCCAUAUGGCAUAGGCCUCAUUUCUCGUAUAGGCUAUUUUGCGUAUAUUUGCUAUUCUUGUUGCAAAGAAUGCAUUUACUUUUAGUAUAAUCUUGGCAAUAAUGGGCCAUAAAAAUACUAUUUUACGGAUCCAAUGUGAGACAUUACGCCGUCUUUGUAAUGACCAAUGAUAGUGAAUUGGGCUGCUCUUAUAUGAGUCUUCCGUGGUGCUUUGCAUGGAAGUGAAUCGUGCAAAUUUCAAUCUCUUUACAAUUCAGAGAAUAUUUCAAUAAAGUCAAGACAUUCUUACAUAAUAAGGACAAUUUA